AUGGCUCAAGCAAUGUUGAAGAAGAUCGCCACUAGCAGUGCUUGCUUAGUGGUUGGCCUUACCAGAAGAUCCAGCGCCCGUACUUUAGCAAUAGCUAGUAAAAAUGUUAAUUCCAAGAAGGAGCGUGUACUGCCUGCAGAGGGGGAGAUCACAAAAUCAGUUUUUAUGUCUCAAUCAAAUGAUAUUUAUACCAACCUGGCUCUUGAAGACUGGAUGUACCGUAACAUGGAUUUCACUAAUCAUCAUGUUAUGAUGGUUUGGCGUAAUGAUCCCUGUGUUGUGAUUGGAAGACAUCAGAAUCCAUGGUUGGAAGCCAACGUUCCUCUUGUAAAUGAGAUGCAGAUUGCCCUAGCCAGACGUAAUAGUGGAGGUGGUACUGUGUACCAUGACCGAGGAAAUCUUAACAUUACAUUCUUCACACCUCGUGAGAGGUAUGACAGAAAAUACAAUUUAGAAAUCAUCACACGGGCUCUCUUUAGAGGAUUUGGAGUAAAGGCUGUCAUCAAUGAACGUCAGGAUAUCAUUGUUCGAGAUAAUUACAAAGUGUCUGGGACAGCUGCUAAACUUGGUCGUCUGACAGGCUACCAUCACUGCACUCUUCUAGUCAAUGCCAAUAAGGCAGAUCUCAGUAAAGCUCUUGCUAAACGUGAGCAUGGCAUACAGACUAUCGCGACGGCAUCCACUCGGUCACCCGUGGCGAAUCUCUCCGAGGUCAACAGCCGGGUCACUGUAGACAGUCUGCAAACUGCAGUUGGCUACGAGUAUUUACGUACCCCAGCCUUGCACUUAGAAGAUGGAGGCCAGGCACAUAUCUCACAACAACGUGGUUUCCAGUUUGUAAACCCAACUGACGAAUGGUUUCCAGGUCUAGCGGAGUUGAAAAAUGAGUUGCAAACCUGGGAUUGGAACUACGGCCGAACACCAGUAUUCACAGUGAGUCGUGCCUUCCCUGUUCCUGCGCAGUUGCUUGCUCCCUCCGAAAUUUACUCAGCAACCCAGGAGCUUAUUAUUAAUAUGACAGUUGAACACGGUCUGAUUAGCGACGUUACUUUGAAUAUCCCUCCUGGUCUUAUAGAGUCAGGGUUCCAUGGAGAAGCAUCUGUAAUCACACACCUAAAAGGAAAGAGGUUUACCUCUGAAGCAUUGAAUGCACUACAGGACGCCAUGUUAACACGUCAUUUGAAUACAGAGGUCAGGAAGUUAGACGAUAAGGAGCAAUUUGUGGCAAAGUGCUUCGAUCAAGUGGUCAAUACAAUGUAA